CCCCCGCCCCAUCCAGCAUCCGCGGCCGUGCAGUUAGCGCCACGACGGUCGGCUCGACCAAGUCGAAGCCGGGCUCGCCCAACGGCAAGAACCCGCUGUCGCCGACGCAGACGUCCGAGUCGACCAAGCGGCCCUCGUCGGUGCGCCGCUUCCUUGGCUUCCGCAGCGCAUCGUCGUCGGACUCGCUGCGCAACAACAAGGUGGACAACAGCAACGGCAGCGCGCGCCCCGCGUCGCCGCCAAACAACAAGGACAGUGGAGCGGCACGCCCCGGCAUCCGCGAACGCCGCAAGAGUAACAGCUGGUUCGGGCGGCGCGCGAGCACGAUGCUUGGGCUGGGCAACCUCGAGGAGGGCCAGGUGCUUGGCAGCGAGAGCACGACAAGCACGAGCCGGCGCUCCGGUAGCAUCGCCACGGUCGAGGAGCUGCACAGGCGCCAGCAGCAGCCCGCGGCCGCCGCGCCCGAAAAGCAAGGCCCUCCGCCGAAGCUACCUGAAUACAUGAAGCUGGGUGGCGAUUUUGACGAUGGCGGCAGCCUCGACGCCGACAACCUCUUCAAAAACAUCAACUAGGCGCGUCCCCGGGGGACAACGCGCUUCGGCUUCUGGAACACGGAGCCAGGCGCGGGAGGGCGCCAGCGCGGCCGCGGCCACCGU